UGCAAAGCUUCUCUGUGUAGAGUUUGAUUCAGCCUUAGAGAAUUGACUCACAUCUAAAUUUGGUUAUCUUUGGAUGGUCAAGCGUUUGGUUCUCUCCAUCCAUGCAUAAUCCAUCACAUAUCCUUCCUAUAGGCCUGUAACUUCCCUUAUUAAGAACAUUUAAAAAGCAACUAAAACAAUACUAAAAACACAGACAUAAAACAUGAACAAAAUAUUCCCAAGUCUAUGCUUACUUUUACUUGCUGCUGUUCUUUGUUUGCAUCAAACGCUCGCGAAUGAGACGCCAAGUCCUAGUGUUGCGCCCGAACCAGAAGAUUUAAUCGCUCAAGCUUGUGAUCGAACUCUGUACAAAAACGUAUGCAAAGCCAUUCUUGAAUCGGACCCAGAGAGCGAAGGAUCUGACUUCCAAGACUUGGGCAAGAUUGCACUCCAGUUUGCAUCAAAAAAUGCUACUGCAAUAUUUGAACUGGUUCUUGAUUUGUCCAACUCAACGACGAAUGAGUUUGAACGACAAUGUUUAGCAGAUUGUUCCGAGGGUUUCCAAGACGUGAUCGAACAGGUUCGUGACUCGAUUGAAGCUUUGCAGUCCAAACGUUACAAUGAUGCUAAUACAUGGAUCACUGCUGCCAUGACCGACGCACAAUCGUGCGAGGAAGGGUUCCAUGAAGAACCAGGACAUGAUUCGCCAUUAACUGAAAUGAAUGAAUUGUUUAGCCAGAUAUGUAGCAUUGCUUUAACCAUUACCAAUCUCUUGGAUGAUGCUGCUGCUGCUACUGCUUAAUUGCUUCAAAAAUUAGUCCUGUAUUUUGUCUGUAAACCAUUGCAUGCGUUUUUUUG